ACUAGUCUUCCUUUCUUUGUCUGAGUUCCCGUCUUCGCGUAUUCCUUCACAUCCGGCGCUUUUCUUGAGUAAUUUCGCUCUUUAACUGUCAUUCCCUCUCUACACGCGCAUCUUCACCUCCCCUUCCAUCUUUUUACGUCCCCUCCCUCCGUGCGCGCUCUCUCGCGCGCUCUCUCUACAUCUUCUGCCGCUUCAGUCCGUUCCCUCUUUCUUUUCUCCCCUUCUUCGUCACCUCGUCUCUGCACUCAUCCUCCCCUGCCCAUCUCCUUUCAUUUGCUCGUAUCCUCUCCUCCAUCUCUCCGUUUCGUCUUUUUUUGUAUCUCCCCCCAUCGAUAGGCUACGAACGCGUCCCUCUCCUCGUCCUUUCCUCGUUUGCUAAAUCCUGAAGGCAGACCUCUCUUAUUCUCUCUCUUUCCGUCCCUCCCCCUUCCUCUUUACGUUUCCCCCUCCCUCUAUACUCUAUUUUCCUCAAUGCUUAAGUCAGUCAAAAGAGAUACACUGAAGAAAAGAGGGGCGAACGGCGGGCGCUGAGAGAGAGACAGAGAGAAGGAGAGAAGCUGGAGGGAGAGAGGGGAGAGGGGGGAACGGGGGUUUGGAUACAUCUCCACCUGUCUUCUCUCUGCCAUGGACUGCCUCUGCAUAGUGACCACAAAGAAAUAUCGUUAUCAGGAUGAAGAGACUCCGCCCUUGGAGCACAGCCCCGCCCACCUGGCUCACAGCAAGAGCGCUGAGAUGCUUCACAUGAGCGAUAAGAACCUGGCUGCCAUGGACUCCAUGCACAGUUACGCCCCACACACACACAUCUCACCAAUAAAGCCAGUGUUGCUGUCCUCUGGUCAAACACCUCUGUACACCUCUGCGGUCUCCACACUGGCGAACUCUCCACCUGUAGUGGUAAAUACAGACACACUGGAUGGCUCACCUUACGUCAAUGGAGCAGAGGGAGAGAUUGAAUAUGAAGAGAUUACGUUGGAAAGGGGGAACUCUGGGCUAGGCUUCAGUAUCGCCGGAGGGACUGAUAACCCUCAUGUCGGAGACGACCCCAGCAUCUUCAUCACCAAGAUCAUUCCAGGAGGAGCUGCUGCACAAGACGGGAGACUCAGAGUAAAUGACAGUAUUCUCUUCGUGAAUGAUGUUGAUGUUCGGGAGGUGACCCACAGUCAGGCGGUGGAGGCUCUCAAGGAGGCAGGCGCUAUCGUCAGACUCUAUGUAUUACGCAGGAAACCCGUUGCUGAGAAAGUCACCGAAAUCAAGCUCAUCAAAGGGCCAAAAGGGCUAGGCUUUAGUAUAGCGGGUGGUGUGGGGAACCAGCAUAUCCCUGGAGACAACAGCAUUUAUGUCACAAAGAUCAUCGAGGGAGGAGCGGCUCAUAAGGACGGGCGACUACAGAUCGGCGAUAAGAUACUGGCAGUGAAUAAUGUGUGUUUGGAGGACGUGAUGCACGAGGAUGCGGUGGGCGCACUGAAGAACACAGCAGAGGUGGUCUACCUCAGAGUGGCAAAGCCAAACAACCUGUACCUUACCAACAACUACAACCCACCAGACCUCACAAGCACGUACUCUCCGCAUCUGGACACAGACCUUGGACAUCCAAACUUCCUGGCUUCGGAUUACCCACAAGCCCUCACUCCCACCUCACCAAGCCGCUUUUCUCCUGUGCUGCAUGGCUUGAUGGGAGAUGAUGACUUACCCAGGGACCCGAGGCGUGUUGUGAUCCACAGAGGAUCGACGGGUUUGGGGUUUAAUAUAGUUGGAGGAGAGGAUGGUGAGGGAAUUUUCAUCUCUUUCAUCCUGGCAGGAGGCCCUGCAGACCUGAGCGGAGAACUGCGCAAAGGAGAUCAGAUCUUAAGUGUGAAUGGCGUGGAUCUGCGGGCAGCUACACAUGAACAAGCAGCAGCUGCCUUGAAGAAUGCAGGACAGACUGUAACCAUCAUUGCUCAGUACAGACCAGAAGAGUACAGUCGUUUUGAAGCUAAAAUUCACGACCUCAGAGAGCAGCUGAUGAACAGCAGUAUGGGCUCUGGAACAACUACAUUGCGAAGUAACCCUAAACGAGGAUUUUUUAUCAGGGCUCUGUUUGACUAUGAUAAGACAGCAGACUGUGGUUUCCUGAGUCAGGCUGUGGGCUUUAAGUUUGGAGAUGUGCUGCAUGUUUUGGACUGUGGAGAUGAGGAGUGGUGGCAGGCCUGCAGAGUCAGCCCACAGGGGGAUGAGGAGGAGCUCGGCUUCAUCCCCAGCAAGAGGAGGGUUGAGAGAAAAGACUGGUCGCGGUUGAAGUCAAAAGAAAGGGACCGAAGUCGAGACAGUAUAGGUUCACAGGGAAGGGAAGAGCCAGUACGGAGUUACGAGACAGUUGCACAAGUGGAAGUGCAUUACGCGAGGCCGAUCAUUAUUCUGGGCCCGGUGAAGGACAGAGUGAAUGAUGACCUGCUGUCUGAGUUCCCAGACAAGUUUGGCUCUUGUGUCCCUCAUACGACACGACCCAAGCGGGAGUAUGAGGUGGAUGGGCGGGACUACCAUUUUGUGUCAUCACGGGAACAGAUGGAGAAAGACAUUCAGAACCAUCGUUUCAUCGAGGCGGGCCAGUACAACAGUCACCUGUACGGAACCAGCGUUCAGAGCGUCCGAGAGGUGGCGGAACAGCAGGGAAAGCACUGUAUUCUGGAUGUGUCUGCAAAUGCAGUUCGUAGGCUACAGGCUGCACAGCUUCACCCAAUUGCCAUCUUCGUACGGCCCAAAUCACUGGAGAAUGUCCUAGAGAUCAACACACGUCUAACUGAGGAACAAGCCAGGAAAGGUAUGGACCGCGCUAUUAAACUGGAGCAAGAUUUCCUGGAAUGCUUCUCUGCGAUUGUGGAGGGCGACAGCUUCGAGGAGGUUUAUCAUAAGGUGAAAACUGUGAUCGAGGAGCAGUCAGGGCCUUAUAUCUGGAUUCCCACCAGGGAGCGUCUGUGAGAGUCCACCCAGAGCCAAACCACCUCGCCCAGUCACCAUUUGGCCUGCCUGCCCUGGACUGUGGAGCUCCGACUCGUAGAGCUCGCGAGAAACAGACAGAGAGAGAGAGGGAGAGAUGGAGAGAGUGAAAGCGAGGGAGAGAAGUCACAGAGACACCAGGAAAUGAUGGAGUGGAACAGCACAGGAGCUGGCCACACCGCAUCUGCCUCUCUUUUCCUCCUUUUCCUAGCUUUGUAACUUCCUUUUUCUGCUUUUAACUUCCUUUCUCUGCCUUUCUCUCAGUCCUUCUCUGUUUCUUUCCGGCUUUCUCUCGGAAUAACGUCCUUUCACACAGGACUGGUGAGCUGUUUUUACUCUGUCACGAACUGGGAUGCUACAAAGAAAUUUUGUAUAUUGUCAGAUUCCCUCUCGCUCUCUCCGAACAAGACAGGAAGUGGAGAGAGAUGAACGACCGCCUUGGCUUUUACUGGAAUGAGACGUUCAAGAGCUAUUCCUGAUCAAAGGAGCUUGUUUUACAGUACUAAAGGAGAAUUGAACUGAAAUAUGAAAGUAUAUUUAUCAGUAUCAAUAAUGCGCUGAAAUCUUCAAUAUCAAAGAUAUUACGACUACUCAGAGACUGACGUUCACUCACAGUUAUCAGCAUCAAGGGCGUUUAAUUCCUUUUAGAAAUUUGAAGUGCUUGACAAGUGCUUCCUGAAAUGCAGGAAGUACCGAGCUGGCGAAACUAAAACGUUUGCCUCAGUCCUUCGAAUGUUCCCCUUAAAUAGUUUGCAGCUAGUUCAUCACUUUGAAUGGAUAAUAAGGAAGGAAAACGGGAAGACGCAGACUGUGACUUUCAUUCUGCACAUCAUAGAAAGCCACACGCUUGAUAUUCCGGGGUCUGUUUUCUUUGAUUUUCUUGCGCUUUACAUGUAAACAUGCACAUUUAGACACACGCCAACAUAGAUUUUGUAAUGUUUGCCUUCUUCUAUCUGGAUCUUCUUGCAACAGCCAGAUUGAUAUUUUCCUUUGAGCUGAAAUUUAUUUGCUCGGUUGGAUUAUUUCCCUGAGUGCCACAGCUCUCAAACACAAUGACUCCAGGCUGCUCUUUAAUGUGCAAUAUCGGGCUCUUCCAUAAUCUUCUCAUAAUGUAACGAAUUUUAGCCAUGCUUAGAUCUUGAAGUCAUCGGUAAAUUAUCAAACCGCUUCAAAUGUAAUACUUUCGCCAUUUUUUAAACAGGAUUUCAGUUAAGUUUAGAUCACACUCAUGUGCUGAGUGGCUACGUUCACACCACAAUCCAAUUCAUUAUAUAUAUAAAUUAUUGAUUUAAAUCAAUUUUUUUAAAAUUAUUAUAAAUGAUAUAUUCAGUAAUUAUAUUGGAAUAUUUAUUUAUUACCUAUUAUUUAUUUAACACCUUGCCUUCCUUCAUGCCAGUGGUUGUUUUCACUGUUCUCUGUCUUUUUCACAGCAAAGGUAAACCAAGCAUCAUAUUAUGACAAGUAGUAGCUUAUUUUAAUGAAAUAUAACUUAAAAAUUAUUUAAAUCUCAAAUAUUUCAUUGUAGAAUAGUAGAUGUUCUGUUAUUGGCCCUUUUUUUUGGAGAAUGCUUUUCUCAGAUGAGCUCAGGAUAGUUCGUGAAGGCACUGGGAUGGUGUAUGUAUUUGUGGUGUCAUCAGAAAAUACAACACAGUCUCAUGGCGAUUUGUAACUAUUUUAUGUUUUGGUGAAUUGGUGGCUAAUUCAUAUGAAUUUGUACCAACCCAUUCAUACAGUUUUGUGUGAUCACCCUACUCGCAGUUAAAGAGUUAGUUCACCCAAAAAUGAAAAUUCUGUCAUUAAUUACUCACCCUCAUGUCGUUCCAAACCCAGAAGACCUUCGUUCAUCUCGAAGACAGAAAUGCAACUGCCAUGUUCCCAGGUCCAGAAACGUAGCAAGGACAUCGAUAAAAUAGUCCAUGUGACAUCAGUGGUUCAGUCAUAAUUUUAUGAAGCUACGAGAAUACUUUUUGUGCGCAACGAAAACAAUAAUAACAUAAUUUAUUCAACAAUUCUUGUCCUCGAGUUACCGUCUUCCGCCAUUGUGGAGAGUUCCCCAGAACUUAAUCAACGUAAUCAGCAUUGUUUACGUUCAGCAUGUACGCACUUUAUCCUGAACGUAAACAACGCUGAUUGCGCCAAUUACGUUCUGGGGUACUCUCCAAAAUGGCUGAAGACGUUACCUCGGGGACAAGAAUUGUUGAAUAAAUUACUAUUUGUUACGUUUCUGGACCUGGGAACAUUACAGUUGCGUUGUUGUCUACGGAGGGUCAGAGAGCUCUCAGAAUUCAUCAAAAAUAUCUUAAAUUGUGUUCCGAAGAUGAACGAAGGUCUUCUGGGUUUGGAAUGACAUAAUUAAUGACAGCAUUUUCAUUUUUGGGUGAUCUAACACUUGACGUUUAGGGGUGGAGCUUUGUGCUUUUUUCUAACAAAAACGUAUGUUUUCGUACAAUCUACAUCGUAUGAAUUCAUACAAAAUUGCCACCUUGUGAAAUAGUUAUGUUUUCUCAUAAGAUGGGGUUGAAAAAUCCGCAACGUCAAGUCAUUUUUCUGUGACUCCAGAGUGAUUAGUCACGUGGCGUUUACAGCUCCAAAAAAAAAAAAAAGAAAAAAAGUUGGAUCAGAGUUGAAUUCAAUGUGAUUUUUUCGUUUGCCCCAUUCAGGUGCAAUGUGAACGUAGCCUUACUGGCCUUUCAUUCAGCCCAUCCCUAAACUCUCCAGACACACACACACACACACAAACAAACACACAAACACACACAAAUACUAUCAGGAAAAUGGUGUAUUGUACAAAGUUUUUUUAUGCUGUGUAUCAGAUUAUAAUUAACUCUUGUAAUCAGACCAAUGAGGCUACUUUGAUGCAUCUCAAUGGCCAAUCAGUGGACAUCAUCACACCAGUUAAUUGGUGGGUCGAUGAUGCUGCCGUCACCGAAGUGAAGAGGAUCGGGUCUUAAUGAUGCUGGAGUUUUAUUGGAAUACGAUCGUGGGUUCAUUAUGUUUGAUGAGAUAAAUUAAUGACUGUAAUGCCAGAGAAUAAUCAGCUUAGCUAGAUAAGUUUAACAAUCCAAGCCUGCCUCCAACUAAUUACCCUUCUCAGAGUGAAAUACUCAUUUGUAAACAAUUUUACCCAUAAUUCUGAGGGUUGACAAAGCGCCCACUUCAACUCUGGCCGACAUGAGAAUGGCAGAAUGAUAAAUUGGCUUUUUUACCCUUUUGUGCCGUGACAGCGAUGCGGUAAAAAUCGAUACAGUGCUUUAAGCUCAGAGGGCGUCAUAUUCAAGGUCUAAAGUAAGGAUGAAAACGAUGGUUUGUCCAGAAUGCGGUCCAGGGGUUUGCAUUUGAUUUAGUGAGAUUUCCUGUAAAUCAAUGCCAUGAACAUUACUAUGGUGAUUUAUGGAAACAGACUUUGAUUGAGACUAUUGUGAUUGAAAAAAACUGGCACCAUUUGUGUCAGGUCAAAAAAAAAAAAAAAAAAGAGUCUACUAAGAAGAUGAAGUGAAACACAUUUGCACUUAUUAAAGGGAAGAUUUGAUCAGACGUGAUGAACAGAGGGUUUCUGGUAGAAAGCAGAGGAAUACAGAGCGAUCUGGUGGCUUGUUUACUUUCACUUAUUUUCUUUUGACUUUUUGCGUUUGAAUUUCGAUAUUUCCGUGUGUUUGGAGUGCAGUGACAGUUCUUUUCUUGCCGUUAUUUUUAUUUAUAGAUUUUAUAUAAUUAUUUAAUUGUUUACUGCUUUGUUUACAUCUGGGUUUUGUGUGAAGACUGAGAUGCUUUUGCUGUGGUUUCCAAAGUGGAGCUGCACACAAUCAAAUGUGAAAACUGAAACUAAAAAUUUAACUUUACUGUGAAAUUAAAUAAUAAUAGUAAUAAUAAUAAUAAUAAUAAUUACAAAAAAAGAAAAAAAAAAAAAGAAAAAAAUAACUUGCACGCAUUACACAUACUGAUGCUUUUAUAAACAUAGCCCAUAAAUAAAUUUCCCAAAUCAUAUUAUUGGCCACAUGAGAAAUGAAAAAUAAUAGCGUAUAUUGCGGUUUGUAUGAGCUGCACAAGUGUGUGCACACACACAUACACACACACACACACACCACACACACAAUAUAUUACCAAGAGAAAUAUAUGACCACUCUUACUAGAAUGAAUUGAGUUGAAUUUAUUUAUUUAUUUAUUUGAAAGAAUCAAAUGUAUUUUAUCGAUUUGUAUUUGCCAUAACAUAUUAUUCUAAUUAUCCUGAACAGAUUGAACAUAUUGCUUUUAUUUUAAAAAAAGAAUAAUUAUGAAAAUACAACAAUGCCAUCUGAUGCAAAGUAUAUUUAAAUGAUUUAUCUAAAAAGAGAGAUUUACCAAUGACAGUAUCGGAUUAUACAAAUGUUUAAUUUCAGUGAGAUGCUUGUUGUAAAUUA